UGUGGAGGUGUAAUCACACAAGGGAGACUCUCCACCUCUGUGCAGGAUCUGAGAAAAAAAAGUAAACCUGAGGCUGCCGUCUAGCACAACUUGCGUGUUUAACUCCAAAAGCCAAGAUGCCAGAAACUGCAGAAGCUGUGUCAGCCACUCUCACCACCAACAGAAACUGCACCAUAGAAAUAACCAACGUCAGCGGUAACUACUGCCUCGUCAACCCAAAGGUGUACAUGUCAAGUGGCUUCUCUCACCACCCGCCCCAGCCUACUGUUCGUCCCAACAUGACUGAAGUGUGCUCCUUCAUCAAGGACGACAACACUGCCACGGGUGCUGUUGGCCUACUGAUCUAUGACCUCUUCCAUAUGCAGAGCCGGGUUUGCUCCGAGCGCGUGGCCAUCAUGUUCUCUGUGCCCUAUGACCACAACCUGUACAAGAACCGGCUGGCCGUGGGUGUGUUCGAGCAUUCCCGUGCCUGUGACAAACAUCUGUAUGACCAGAUGUAUGAUGGGAAAGAUCUAACUGGCUUCACCCGCUCUGAGACACAUGGCUGCGGGCUGGAAUAUAAAGCUACAUAUGUCGAAGUGAGGGCUACCAUGUCUUCCAUUGGCAAAGCCAUUGUUAAAGUGGAGCUCUAUGAUAAAAUGGGUCGUUAGUAUAGAGGAGUCUACUGGUGUUCUGCCUUUUUGUACUGUGUUGCUUUUGUACCCAACAGAAUAAACAAACUUCAUUUGAUCUGAUUUCUGCUGUCACCCAGAGAAACAUCCAGAGGAGAGGAAGACUGAUUUUGCUGUCAUCUGUGUUUUGUGUCCACUGAAAGAUAUCAAUAUCUGACAGCCAGCUCAUUGAUUCUCCAUUAGCUUAUUUCUUGGGCUUAUGUAUAUUGUACACUCCCUUUGUCUUUGAUUAUGGUAAUAAAGCAUUCAGACCCAA